AUGGGACAUGAGGAGCAAGGAAGGACUUGGCACAUGGACGCAGCUCAACUGGAUACGCAAAGGAAGAAGGAGGAAGCCAUCUUGAAGACCAGCUCGACCAUCUACUCGACCAACCGGUCGAGUUCCUCAACUCGACCGGCCAAGCUUCAACUCGAUCGAGCUGAGAAGUCAACAGUCAAACCCGAAAAAUGCUACAUGACCACUACCCCUGGCUUGUAUGUCAUAGGCGAUUCUCCACAUGGAAGUGAUGGAAAUCGCUGGAAAAGUCCACUAAGAGCUCCAAUAUCUCUUGCUCUCGAAAUGGAGGUCUAA